UUUUUGGAUUUCGAUAAUCUUCCAGACACGAAUUUCACGUGCGUAGGCAAAGUUAUCGGCGGUUAUUAUGCAGAUCUGGAAACGAACUGUCAAAUGUUCCACGUCUGUACUAUUGGCCUACUUGACGAGCCUACGGACAUUAGAUUUUUGUGCCUAAAUGGAACAGUUUUUGAUCAGGAAACUCGAGUCUGUGAAAGAAUAGACGAAGUUGACUGUACAAAAUCUGAACAAUAUUAUAGUUUAAAUUUAGAAUUAUAUGGACAUAGUCAAUCCUCUAAUAUAGAAGACAAUUCUGAGACUGAACAACCCCUUAUAAUUAAAUCGACGUUACCAACGACUACAACGACAACCCAAGCCCCAAGAAAAACAACCCGAUCUUCCUACUACACCUCACCUCCUAUACCAACAGCUACUACAUUGGAAAAUCGUCUUGCCUCUGGAAACAGUUACCUACCGUCUACAGGAAACCAACACUCUCCUAAAAACGAUCAUAUUCACUCGGGAAAUAACAACAAAGUAUCUACGGGCAAUAACCAAGAAUCAACUAACAAAAAUCACAUUACUGCAAAUAAUCAUCACAUCGCUUCUCAUCAUUUCCCUGUCAUUAGUCCAAGUGCCACAGAUAUACGUUUUAAUCCGGAAGAGAUCAACAUUAGUUUACAUCCUGGAGCUCCUCCAGAUAUAAGGACGAAAGCGGUUUCGUACUAUAGUGAUAAAAAAGUGACUAAUAGUGAAAAUCAGUUAGUGGUUACAACGCAUAGAUCAGUCUAUGAUAAUUCUAGACGGGAGUCAUUGAAUACCGGGUCUAGUACUCAAAGAAUCGGUAUAACUCUCCAACUCCAGGUGAUGUCAGCGGGUUUGGGUUUACUUUCGACUCGGCUGAGUCAGCAGAGUAUACGGAUCCUCCUGAAAGUUAUAGAAUACGCACGGAGUUUAGGCCUAGUCAGGAGUAUGCAGCUGCUCUACAAAACCCCAAUCCUCAACUAUACAAAUCAAGUACUUUCCGUUCAGAAUAUGCUUCAAGUACUCCCAAAAUAA